AUGGAUCAUCAACAAUCCAAGUAUAAUUCCAAAGUCAUCGAAAAUGGCGUUUACAUAUUUGUUCUCUGUGGUUUACUCUACGUUGUGUUUUUCAACCAGAGCACUAUCAAAUCCUUCUUCCCUGCUCUUCAACAAUCCCCACCUCAAUCCACCAACACACUUCAUCUGAAGCCUAAGACGUACAAGGACGAACUCGACGCAGCACUAGCAAAGGCUUCGGGACAGAACAAGACGUUGAUAAUAGCUAUAGUGAACAGGGCUUACGUCGAAGGAUACAAGCCGAUGCUAGAUAUAUUUUUAGAUGGAUUAUGGCUGGGAGAAGACACGCAAGGCCUUAAGGACCAUCUUCUGGUCGGUGCAAUGGAUCAAACCUCGUAUCGACGAUGCAUAUUUCACGGAUUACAUUGCUACAAGCUUAAAACGGACGGUGUGGAUUUCGUUGCAGAGAAGCUUUACAUGUCUGAUGAGUUCAUUAAAAUGAUGUGGAGACGAACAUUGUUUCUCGGUGAUGUUCUGAAACGCGGUUACAACUUCAUUUUCACGGAUACAGAUGUGUUAUGGCUCAGAAAUCCAUUUCCGAAACUAAUAGUAAACGGAAGUAUAGACUUGCAGAUCAGUACUGACAGAUUUAACGGAGACCAGUGGUCUGAGCAGAAUUUAAUCAACACGGGUUUUUACAUGGUCAGAUCAAACAACAGAACAAUAGCCCUGUUUGAUUCCUGGUACGCCCAGAAAAACAAUUCGAGAGGCCUGAAAGAACAGGAUGUCCUCGCAAACUUAAUGCACCAGGGCCUGUUCCGCAACUUAGGACUCAAAGUUAUGUUCUUAGACACUGUUUUCUUUAGCGGUUUUUGUGAGAAUAGCAGAGAUGCUCGGCUUGUUUCUACAGUUCAUGCUAAUUGUUGUAGGAGCAUUGUUGCCAAGGUGGCUGAUCUUUCUACUGUUAUGGCUGAUUGGAGGAGGUUCAAGAGCUUGCCAGCUAACGAGAGCUCGACGUUUGUCUGGUCGCUUCAUGAUAGAUGCAUUAAUUCCUGGAGACCCUGA